GGGACUCCAAAAGCAAACAUUCAGUGAUAGUCAAGCAAGCAACUUGUACUUGAAGUGAACAGGAAUUAACUGAAUUUCAGAUUCUGUGCCUGUCUUCAGAUUUUAUGGACAGUCUGAUGGAAAGAACUGCAGGAGAUCUUACUCUUUCAAGGCAAGUUUACAGCCAUUAAAAGUUUUAAUUUCCUUUCAUUGUUUUCGUCUUUCUACACAGAAGGAUACAGAGGCAAGCAAACAGUAACUGUUUAUGGGCAAAAAUAUAUGACUGGAUUCUUAAGUAAAGCAGCGUUUCAGGAUCAAAUCCAACUAUAAGCAUGCGUCGUACAAAUUGUUUAGCGUGGCCAAGCGAGGCUCAGAGGAGAGAGGAGAGGCGGGCUGAAGCCAGGCUGGCUCAUGGGAUACAACGGCUUGAUGAGGCCAGACGUUACCAUCUGAACACACUGACCCGAGAGCAACAAGCACUACACCGGCACCUCAUCGCCCUUAAGACAGGUAACCGGUGGAGAGGAUUAAAUGCGGUGCCAUCACGACCCUGCAAUCAGCUCAGCAACCCUGCAGUGUCCCAUAACAAGACCCGAUUACCCACAAUCCCACCUGCAGACAGAGAGACAAACAGGCACAGGUCUAGGAAGCUGGAGUCCAUUUGCUCCCUGCAGGCUCGUGUUCAGGACUUUCUGAGCAGUGGUGAAAACAGGGCUGAUAACACAACAGUGCCUGUAUGUCUGCCAGACCUCAAACCACAGCCUCCAAGCAUGCUUCCUCCAUCCUCUCCAACAAGAGAGAACAAGGAGGGAGAUAAGGAUGGACAGAAUAAGAAACACAGGCCUAGAGGGAGGGAGGGACGGAAGUCAGCACUGGAAACACAUGGAUUUCGUUCAAAAGACGGUCAAAGAGAAUGUGAUAAGACAGGAGAGAGAUCUACAGAAAAAGAAGAGGAGAUGAAUGUAGCAAUACCCUACUCCACUCCUCUUUCUCCCCUCUCCGACACCCACGCACCUGACGGCCAGCUGAGGAUGGUUCACAUGCUGCCUAAUUUUGUGCAAGCACUGGCAGAGGCACGCAAAGCCAGAUACAUACGUCACAGAGGACAGCCUUUGUGCGAAAGAGAGCUGAGCAUCAGAGAGAUAUUCGCAAGUAACUCCAGAGACACGCAUAGCACUCACUAACACAAUAGUGUCGCUACUCCGCUUCGCACUCCUGCAUACAUGAAACCUGUGAGCACACACACACUUUUAAUCUGAGCAAAUCUUAAUCUGAAAAAAUUUGUUAUGGAGACGGUCAAAUGUCCGCCAAGGUCAAAACAGACAGUCAUGUAUACCUAAACAUAUAACAUGCUCUGAUAAUUCCAUUAUUAAUAUUUUAGCAUCAUGCAGGAGAUCAGAAUGGACAGAAUUACAAGGUUAGGUCAAUUUCAAACAUUUUGUGAACUCUAUCUAUAAAUACAGUUCUGAUCUACAUUUCCAGUUCUGUUUAUCACAGUUUAUUGUCAAUAUCUUGGUGGGUUUCGGGGAACAUAUAGUAUAUUAAUGCUCUGGUUUUAGCUGUGCAUAAGUUUACCUUAAAAAAUCUUUCUUGAAGUUGUAAUGUAUGAUUACUGGGGCCGUGCUUUUUAUUACAUGUUGAAGAAAAAGCACUUGACCAGAUCAAGAACACCAUCCAGGAGGAGAUCUGUGUAUUUGUGUCAAAGUCAAGAAUUAAGUGAAGACUUCACCAGAGUAAAUACAGAGGGCUUACUGCAUGAUGUAAACCAUUGUUAAGCCUCAAAAUCAAGAACAACAUCCUAUGGACUGAAUUAUGGGAAGAGAGAAUGUAUGCAUAAUACCACAGUGUGUACGGCUGCCAGUGGAACUGGUUCGCUUGUAUUUAUUGAUGAUGUGACAGCUGAUGAAAGCAAAGCAUCAAGAUGAAUUAGAAAGUGUAUUGGAUUACAUUAUCUGCUCCGAGGCAGCCAAAUGCUUCAAAACUCAUCACUGGAUGGAGUUUAACACUGCAGAUAGACGACGACCCAAAGCAGACCUAAACAGAACCUCAAGAUGUUUUUUUAUGGCAAAGAAGUGGAAUAUUCUGCAGAUCAGGCCCCUGAACUGAGCAUACAAUUUACUUGCAAAACUGAAUCAAAACACCCCAAGAACAAGCAGGAACUGAAGACAGCUGGAGGAAAAGCCUGGCAGAGCUUCACCAGGGAAGAAACCCAGGGUCUGCGGACAUCUGUUUGUUCAGGUGGUCAUGGACAGCAAAGGAUUUAGAAAAUUUAGAUUUUAAUGGGGGUUUAUGUUUGUUGGGGCACAUAUAAAAAAUUGCUGUCAUUCCUACAAAUUGUGGUGUACAUGUCCUAAAAUUAAAGGCUGAAAGUCGUCACUUUGAGCUCAUAUUUUGAGGUCAUUAUGCUGGUGUCUGAAUAUUUAUGGACCUGACUGUACUGCAUAUAAAAUGUACUGAUGGCAAUCCUGUAGGCUACUAAAACUGACAAAAUAACAACUGAUAAGUAAAGUUCUUCCCUGAAGGGAUAUAAAUCCUUGACAUAUUCACACACACACACCAACAAACAAACACUUUAUAAGGAACUCUAUACUGAUACUGGGUAGAAUCUCCCUUUGCUCCCAAAACAGCCUAAAUUUUUCAUGGCAUGAAUUCCACAUGAUGUUAGAAACAGUCCUUACAGAUAUGGUCCAUGUAGACAUAAGUAUGCAAUUUGCAAUUCAGAAUACACAUCUCCUGCAGAUUUUUCAGGUAUGCUAUCAUCUUGCAUUUCUCCUGUUAUACAACAUCCCCAAGAUCUUCUACUGGAUUCAGUAGGACAAGCGUAAGGAUUUGAGCGAGAUUGACGACGGGCCAAAUUGUGAUGGCUAGAUCAUAGCAUCUCCAAAACUGCAGCUCUUGUGGGGUGUUCCCGGUCUGCAGUGGUCAAUAUCUAUCAAAAGUGGUCCAGUGAAGGAACAGUGGUGAACCGGAGACAGGGUCAUGGGUGGCCAAGGCUCACUGAUGCACGUGGGGAGCGAAGGCUGGCCCGUGUGAUCCGAUCCAACAGAUGCACUACUGUUGUUCAAAUUGCUGAAGAAGUUAAUGCUGGUUCUGAUAGAAAGGGGUCAGAAUACACAGUGCAGGACGGGUCAGGGCUGUUUUGGCAGCAAAAGGGUGACCAGCACAAUAUUAAGCAGGUGGUCAUAAUGUUAUGCGUGGUACUCUGUCAGACACGAGUCCUUUAAAGUCUGAUUAUGUGUGCAGUAUAAUGAUGAUGGAUUAUUGAUGACCUGAACUGUGCAGUGUGCUGUUCCAACCACAACUCUAUCGCCCUCUGCUGGUCAUAAACUCCACUGUACUGGAAAAACCUGUUCAUAUUUUUUGUUUUCUUU